AUGGAGAAUCUCCCGUCUGGAGCGUUUGGACGAGAAAAGUACAAGUCUGGAGCCUCUAAUACUGGGAGAACAGGUCAGGAAAUCAAGGAGGGUGCCUCUCCAGUUGCAAUCAAGAACCUCUCCAAUUCCAAACUUAAACCGGAUGUAGAUAUUCACGCAGGCUUAGGGAAAUCUUCCUUAAACAAGACAAGACAAUCUGAAUACAAUUCUUGUGGUCAAAGCAGGCUUAGAGAGAUCUUCCUUAUACAAGACAAUUUUAUCCAAUUGUUAGAUGAAGAUGAUGAUGAGGAAGAUGAAGAACUUGUGCCAACACUCAUUCCUGAUGUUGUAAACGCUGCAAAACCCAUUGUAACCAAGGCUAAAACUGUUGCCAAGCCUAAAACAUCUUCCAAGCAAAAGGUGACCAUUGUUGAUCCAAAAAAGGAUAGCUCUGAUGACUCUAUAAGGAUAUGGAGGGUGAUUCUGAUGACUCAAAUGAUGAUGAAGAUGACUCUAAUGAUGAAGAGGAAACCUAACUCCCAAGAAGCUCAUGUAGCUACUCCUCAUCCCGUAAAGCAAGCGGGAAAAACUCAAGCAGGAAAAGGACAACAAAGCCCAAAAUCUGAUGCCAAAAUCACUUACAAAUCCUGCACCAAUACAUUCACCUCCGACAGUGCUCUUCAAUCUCAUGCCCGGGCAAAGCAUGACGCCAAGUAG